AUGAUAGAUAGCAAGCCCGUCCUCCCAGCUGAGAUAAUCAGCACGAUCCUCGAUUAUCUUCCAAUCCCGGACCUCAUGAGCUUCGCUCGCACAUCGAAACGAAUGCUGGAAAUGGUAUACGAGGACUCGAGAUGGGUACAACGAUUGCAAGUCAUGGGGGUGUGGAACGAAGGCGAGGCGAGAAAGAGAUUCGAAGAUGCGAUGAAGAGGAAAAGAGAAAUUAUGAGAAUGAGGGCAGAGGAGGAUGCAAAAAGGACAGGCAUUGGAGUCAAUGGCAAUGCGGGGUUAAGAAAGACCAGCACCACCUUAUUCGAUGCGGGCGUUGAGGAGGAGCGACAAAGGAAGUCUGUGGAGAUGGCCAAGGCAGUGAAACCUCCUGUCGAUGGCUUCGAGACCAUGACGCUCUCCUCGACUGCGACUCCUAUCUCACGAGCUCCAAUGCUUGAUCCCGAGGCUUUACUGAAUGUCUUUUCUGUGGUGAAGUCUAUACGAGGAUCUGCGAGACAAGAGUACGGAAAGAUAUAUGCUGCUCUAGCACCAUUCUAUUUCGAUUUGGCUAGAUCUAGAAGUCAUAUGGAUCCAGUGAUAUUCAGAGUUUAUCGAGAUCCAGAACAGCAAGCCCAAAUGCUGGCACAUCUACAACUGUUUUCUAAAGGCGAUUGGGCGCAAGGAUGGAGACAAAGAGAAGAGAAGUUGGUUACAAUGGUUGGAAUAUUCGAAAAUGCUGUGCUACGAGAAUUCGAGCAGGGUUACGAAGCUUGGGAUAUUGACGGGAGAAUGCGCCGAUAUGCCCAUGUCUUGGCGGUUCUGAAUGGCGGACAUGCCGGUAUAGAGCUUUUUGUGCAAAAGCAUCCUAUAUUUUCGGAUCGAGAAACUCUCGGAAACAGCAUGGAUUGCAUCAACCAAGCAUCUGCAGAAGGAAUCGCUCUCGAACCAUCUCGAGAAUUUCUCGACGGCCUCUCAAAGAAGAUCAACGAACAAGCAGACGUUAUCGACCGAGUGUUUCCAGCUGGGGAAGAUGUCUAUCAGAUCUUCUUGGAUAAAAUUGGCGAAGACAUUCUCAUGGAAUAUGUCACUCCUCUUUUUGACGAAGCCCACGAACGAAGUAUAGCCUCGUACCUGAAGGCUGUCUCUGGGAUAUUUGACCAGACUAUGCGGUUCGGCUUGACAUUGAAGUCGACGAAGAAUUCUCCCCCAAACUUUCUGGAGAGGAUCAAGACUGUGGUUGCGCGAGUUUUUGAACCUCACGUCGAUCUCUAUCUUCAAGAAGAACUGGACUUCUUCAAGAAACAAGCAGAUGCUGAAGUAGGCAUAUGGGAGAGCAAGCUCUCGGCUCAAGAUGCUACCGCAGAAUCAUUCUAUAUGGCGAAUUUCAAUCGUCAAGCCGACAAGAAGGAUUUCUUGACAUCGUUUAAAAAGGUGGUCAUGAUGCCAGUAAAUGUCCUACCAACUCUACCCAUAUCAUCUCCGUUUGGACUUUCUCCAUUCGGUUCAUCUAAACCUGCACCAACUCCAGCUCUUCAAGCGCCCAAUAGAGCCAGUCUUCAAGCUCCGAGCCCGUCCCUGUCACCUGGUCCAUCAAGAGUCGCUACUCCGGGCCUUGGUAUGGCAGGUGAUAGAUCAUCGACACCGAUACCAUUACCUGCCGAAGCUCCAGCAGAUGAGUUGGCCGCAAAGGCUGCACUAAUGGCAUCGAGACUUGAGGGCAUCAAAUCUUUAUUCAGUAUCGAGGUUGCGUUGGAUCUCACUCAUUCGGCAAAGGCAAGUAUUGAAAGAGCAGCAUCGUUCGUUCGACUUGGCGGCCAAACUGGCGAGGAGGCUCGUGAACAAUGCGAAGCCAUUUUUGUGGUUCUACUGCAGAUUCUGGGCAAUAGACACGUCAAGGUUGGAUUCGACAAAGCCGUUGAUCACCUCUCGCAGUACAACCCUCGAGAAGUUAGCGAACAUCAUCAAGGAGUAGCACCACUCGUGACUUUCCUCGAGCUUGUCAAUGUUGGUGAUCUAAUUUCCCAGAUGAUCGAUGUCUUUUAUGAACAACAACUCGCAGCUACCAAGCUUGCCGAUCGUAAUGACUUCCUCGACCCAGCUGUCAAAGCAAAGAAGAAAUUCGAGCAAAUGCUAGACGAACGUGUCGCUGCUGGUCUCAACAAAGGCAUCGAUGUUCUGAUGGAUGAAGUCGAAUACCUGUGCGCUACAACUCAACUACCCACAGACUACAAUCCCACCCCACCUCCUCCAGGCAAACCCCAGGACUUUGACGUCGGCCCCACCAAAUCAGCUGAACAAGUUGUCAAUCUUGUAGAAUCCCAUACCAAGAUGCUUACGGGUAGCACUGACAAGAACAUGCUCGAUGUAUUCAACCAAGAAGUCGGACUCCGUCUCUUCACCGCCCUUUGCAAACACCUCAAACGUCAACGCAUCUCUGUAGAUGGGUCUAUGAAGCUCAUUUCCGACAUGAAUCUGUAUUUCAUUUAUAUCAGAACAUUGAGGAAUUCGGAUCUAUUGGAGUAUUUCAAGGCUUUGAGAGAAUUGAGUCAGAUAUACUUGAUCGAUCCAAAGCAUGCAAAAGAUCUAGCGGAGGUUAUUGCUGAUACGCAGAGGUUUGGAGGUAUCUUCAGGGCGGAGGAGGUUUAUGAGUUUGCGGAAAGGAGAGCAGAUUGGUAUUUGAUCAAGAGGGAUGUGGAGAGGCAGAUGUAUGGCAUCGGGUGUGGGAUUAUGUGA